AAUCAUCAUACUCCCCUCAGGUACGGUACUGAUACAGGAAACUUCACGGUUACCGUACUUCAAGAUCAUUGAUCCAAGGUGGGUGAUUUGAUCGAUGCCUCAAUCUCGACAAUAAUCUUCGUCGAGUGUCUGAAAUCAUAUUAAGAGAGAGAGUUGUUUCAACAGCGGCAAAAUCGUCAAGUCAGCACUUAUUCUGUGAUUCUAAUAGGAACCAAUCAACAGCAGCAAUGGCUGCUCCUCCCACUUCUCAGACUGACACCACCCCCUUCCAAGGCCCCGCCUACUUCUCUGCUGGCACACCCACUGAUGAAGGCAACCCAUUCGCAUUUGUCUCCAAGACCACUCAAGAAUCGUUCACCACUAAUGUAACAUCAGGAGAAGGACCUCAUAGAAUACUUCAAUCUGGAACUGGAUAUGCUGCGGCUAGUUUCUUUGAUGAAUACUCUGCUGAACCACCCCCAGUGCAAUCACACCCCACACAAGGAUCUCAUCACAUGCCUCGUGGACCGCCUGUGCCAUCACAAGGGUCACCUAAUCCACUAGGGUCACCGACUGCACAAGCACCCGUCUUCCCACCGCCCACACACGGAGCACUAGAGUCACAUUACUCACAGAGGAUGGUACCCUCACAACCUCCACCACCCUCACAAAACUCACAGAUGUCACAGGGUCCACCACCAUCACAACUAUCAUAUCCUCCGCAAAUGGAUUCUUUGUCUUCUUGGGAACAAAAUAUUACAGCUGCUCGUCCCUCGUUAGAAAUCCAAGAUGGCCCCCACGCUCGUGUCGGUCAAGGUCCACCACCCUCACAAGGUCCACCAGGGUCGCAGAUGCAGCUGUACCCUCCACAAGGCUCACUCAUGUCACAAGGUCCACCACCGUCUAAUAGCGAUCCUCCGUGGGAACAAGUUAUCCCACCCCAAUCCUUGCUAGAGACAGGUGCCCCUCAUCACAAGAGGCAGACCUCCCAGCUGUCCACAACGUCUCUGUUUGGCUCCACUGAACCUACCGAUGACUUCUUCUCCAUUGGUCAACCUCGGAGCAUGGAGUCGUUGUCACAACAAUCAAUGAGUGCCCCAACUACAGCUAUACAAACAAUUCUCUCAUCUGAUUCGUCGGCUCAUCGUCAAUCUCUCACCUCGAUAACGACACAGGAAGCCACACCCACACAACUUGAUCGCCCACCCUCUAAUGCGGACACACCUGAUCCAAUGCCGUCCAUUUCCUCGGUUGAUUCGUUUCCGUUUGACCGCCCCCCUUCGAAUGCUGAUAUUGCACACCCGAUGCUCAUGGGGAGCUACCCAAUAUUAACCAACGCUGAUUUUCCACCUGGCACAAACUCUCAACGAAGCAGUAUCGAUUCUGCUGUCGUCAAUACGUCCCCACCAACUAAUUCACCUGACAACACACCUCCGAUGACUCACGAGCAUAGCAACGCCCCAACAGCCGCUAAUGUUUCAGGGCCGAAAACAAACGAUGAAGUUUCAAACGGUUUUGUUGUGCCAAGUAGCGAAGAAUUUGUGUUGACUAGUACACCUCCUGUGUUGCAUCAAUCGUCAGAGCCAGUCAACAUCACAGCCUCUCAAGACACUUUGAACCAUUCGACCAGCUCUUUAUUGAACAACAGUCAAGAAGAUUUCACGAGUGCCUCUCCCGUUAGGCUUCUCCCACCCACCCCCAGUUUAAUGUCCGCUGUUGUCAUGCCGAUUAGUGAUGCACAAUCUCAACCACAAUCAGUAGGUGAUGAAGGAAAUGGUUCGUUAAAAGACUGGGAAAUUAUCAACAAUGCUCCUACAGAUAUUCAGCCUGUUCUCGAAUCCAAGGCUGUUGAUCAUACCUCUCUCACCAGCCAGGCUAGCAGGGAGACUAUUACUACUGGACCACCCCCACUAGGCCCACCACCCUCACAAGGUCCACCAUCCUCACAAGGUCCACCAUCCUCACAAGGUCCACCGCCCUCACAUGGUCUACCACCGUCAUAUGGUCCACCAUCCUCACAAGGUCCACCAUCCUCACAAGGUCCACCGCCCUCACAUGGUCUACCACCGUCAUAUGGUCCACCACCCUCACAAGAUCCACCACCCUCACAAGGUCCACCGCCCCCACAAGGCCCACUACCACCACAACAAAUUAUCAUGGCUCCACGAUCUUCUCUAGAAAGUGCCCUCCCACAGGGACUUCCCCCUACGACUGUCUACGAGAACACUGUAAUGUACACACAACCGAUGUCUGUCCGUCCCACCAUUAUGAACACUACUGAUGUCAACUAUCAUCCGGUUUAUGUUCAACCCUUGACUACUAAUACUCAGCCAAUGCCCCCCAGUGGUGGACCCCCUGCAAACAUUACUCAACCAAUGCCCCCCAGUGGAGGACCCCCUGCAAAUAUUACUCAGCAAAUGCCCCCCAGUGGACCGCCUGCAAAUAUUACUCAGCAAAUGCCUCCCAGUGGACCUCCUGCAAACUUUACACAGCCAAUGCCCCCCAGUGGUGGACCCCCUGCAAACAUUACACAGCCAAUGCCCCCCAGUGGUGGACCCCCUGCAAACAUUACACAGCCAAUGCCUCCCAGUGGUGGACCCCCUGCAAACUUUACACAGCCAAUGCCUCCCAGUGGUGGACCCCCUGCAAACAUUACACAGCCAAUGCCCCCCAGUGGUGGACCCCCUGCAAACAUCACACAGCCAAUGCCUCCCAGUGGUGGACCCCCUGCAAACAUUACUCAACCAAUGCCCCCCAGUGGACCACCCCCUGCACAGGCGCUACCGCCCCCCAGUGGAGUCGUAAAUGAGAACAUUGUUCAGCCAAAUAGUACGCUAUUUCAACCAACAGUUCAAACCCGACCUGCUGUUCCAUCUCAACCAUCUCAACCUGCCACCCUUCAACCACCACUAGCUGCUGCACAAUCUUACUCAGAUCCUGCCUUUCCUAGGACAGCUGGAGAGGUUAUUGCACCUGUUCAAUAUUCUACUGUUGGUGUUACUCAAAGUGUGCCGCACAUGUCACUACCUCCACCACCCUCACAACAAGCACAGGCUCCACCGCCCACACAUCAAGAACCACCCUCACACUACUCACACCCCCCACACAGGGACGACUAUCGACCUCCACACGAACCCAGCCGAGAUCAAUAUGCCUAUCCUGAAGAAGACUAUAAUCGCCGUUACUAUGACAAUUAUGACAGAGGAGGAGGGCGUUAUCCUGACGAUCGCUAUCGGCAACCCUCGGACUAUUAUCCUCCUCAGUCACAUGACUCGAGGUACUAUCGACCACGCCCACCUAGCAGGAACCCAUAUCCCGAUCACCAUGGCGAUCCGUAUCGACGUCCGUAUGACCAUCAUGACAGAUACUACAGACCACAACCCCAAGAUAGCAGAUACCCGCAGUACCAACAAACUGAACCCUAUGACCCCUAUUAUGGUAGCGGGUACGAAGAUGGUUACUAUAACAACGACCCCUAUUACCGGAGCGAAUAUGCAGAAUCUGAUUACAACCAAUCAGUUCACCAUGGCGACCAAUAUGAGUCCUACAAUGAUGGCUACCCACAAACACAGGACGCCACAAACCAGAGUGAAUUUAACCCCGUUGAAACCACUCAGAGCGAAUUAAACCCUGCAGAAACUUCGGUUAUUCCAGGACAAAUGAGCUAUUUUGAAGAAGGGCAAACAUUUAUCAACUCUCCGCAAGCUAGACCUCCAGCAGGGGGCAGAGAGGCGUACACUGAGGGAUACAACCCGCAGUACGAGGGGUAUGCUGAAAGAUAUGACCCCCAGUACGCCAGUUAUCUGGAAGGAUACGACAACACUGAUCAGGGUACUGAGCAACCGUGGGAAGCUGUACAAACCACACCCCCUCCCACCCCUCGUCAAACACCAGAGGUUUUUGUUCAUCCGCAUGUACGAGCCUCGUUUGGAUUUGGAGGUCAACUUGUCACGAUACUGCCAAAGAAACACUCACACUUAAUCGAAAUUUCCCUUGUGAAGGAUUUGAUGCAGGAUGAUGAUACAGAGAGUAAAACACUUGACGAAUGUGUGAAAGCUUUCCCUGGGCCUUUCCUACCAGGCAGUACAUCCAAGAGCACAGUGGUGCAGUACGCAUGUAAGGAAAUGAAGAAAGUGCAAGAAAAAGUGACUAAUUUUGUUGGUGAUAGUCUGGGUUUGAAGAAACUUGAAGAUGAAGCUCUUUUAUGGGAAUUUCUAUUAUUGCUUUGCCGACAAAAUGGAGUCAUUCUACCCACGGAUAUUUCUGACUUGCUGGUUAGGGACUCCCCCCUUUCGGUCAACUCCUCCCUCCAUCUCGGCACAGGUGACAGAGAAGAAGCGUUGUCAUCUUUGAGAGAUCUCCUCUUAGCCGGUCAAAGAAAGGAUGCCCUGGAAUUGGCGUGCUCGAGAUGUCUAUGGGGUCAUGCAUUAAUGCUGGCGGACGAACAAAGUCGGAAUUAUGUCGUGAAUCGGUUCACAGCCAGUCUCUCGUCACUGGACCCGCUCGGGACAUUCUAUACUCUGUUGCUAGGCCGAAUGCCAUCAGCUGUCAAAGUGGAUGGCUUACAACGAGCUGGAGACUGGAGGCAACACCUUGCUAUGAUACUAGCCAAUCGACAGUCUCAACUCGAUACCAAUGCCAUUGUCAGUAUGGGCGAUACUCUGUUGAAUAGAGAUAGAUUACACGCUGCUCAUUUGUGCUAUUUUCUCGGUGACGUACGUUUUGGAUGCUAUGGCGACCAGAGUUCAAAGUACACUCUCCUCGGCGUGGAUGCGUCUAACACACAUGCUACAGUGUACCCUAAUCCACAAAAUCUCAGAAAAAUGGAAGUUUUUGAAUACGCAAUGAGUUUGAGCAAAAAAGAUUUCUCUCUUCCUGGAUUCCAAAUGUACAAAUUUCUAUUCGCGUUGAAACUGUUGGAAGUCGGCUACACCGCUCAGGCGUUGAGAUAUUGUGAGCAGAUUGGCACUUCCGUUGCCAAGGGGCCCAAACAGUACACACCUGUAUUUCUCAACUCUUUAGUCGACGUCUCUGUAAAACUGCAUCACCUGACAAGCCCGUACAGCGUUGUGGAAAACGAGCUUCCAUCGUGGCUAGCUAAUCUCGAUGUGUGUGUGAGAGAGAUUGCUUCAUCUGAUUACACACCGCACGUUUUCAGUCCGAGCCCCGCCUUUAGUUCGGUGAGUCAAACAUACGGUCAGCAAAACUCGGGGCAAGUGUUUUUCGGGAACCAGAACCAAUUUCUCACCCUGCCGACGAUGGGUGGAGGUGCUAAAGAAAGUGAAGAAGUUCCAACGUCAGAAGUUGGCCAUAUACAACCACCCCCUCCCACUCAGGAAGUAGAGAUGGUCAACACUGAGGUAGCACAGGUAGUGCAGGAAGAUCUGCAGCCAGCUGGUGUGGUACAGAGUGAGCACGGUGUACUGGCCACGCCCACCUCGUGGGAGGGUGUGGCCUACAACAAUGGGAUGCAGCAAGAGGAUACUUUGGCAGCUUAUUCCCAGACCUCGCUGCCUCAACAAGAGAUCCCACAAACCUCACAGAUGCCCUUUGACCCUACUGUUGCCCCUCAGUCAAUGUACUUUGCACCCAAUAGCAACCAACCGUUGGCUUACAUCCCCUCCGAAGCUCCAACCUUUGACCCUAACAACUAUGUGCCUACCACUUCUACACAGAUGACGUACGAAUCAACGGGUACAGAGCAAAUGACCUUUGAGCCAUCGCAGACAACCUCUGAACCCAAUAACUAUCCUCCGAUGACCUUUAACCCCACCGAAGCCCCACCCCCUGCUCAGCCGCACUGGGCUAAUCAACCUGUGGAAGGUGGGGGACUGACCCUUGGACAAGGACACCAAGAGCCUGUCGAAUCACAUGACAGCCAGGGAACCAAGGAGGUAAACAAAGAGGAAAAGAAAAAAAAAGAGACGAAAGAGCCGCCCAAGAAGUCUGGUGGCGGUGGUGGUAGUGGUUGGGGCUUCUGGAAGUAUAUCCUACCCCAGAUGAAGAACCAGGCUCACCUCCCUGACGACAAGGACAAGAGUAUCAUGUGGGACGAUAAACUCAAGAAAUGGGUGGACUCUACCGGAGAUGCUGAGGAGGAAGCCCCGCCCCCUCCUCCACCGUCUGACUCUCAACUGAUGGGCUCCACAUCCAUCACACCAUCACAGCCCGAGAGCAUGAGUGGGAGUGUGGGCGUGGCCACUGAGGGGGGAGCCCCUACCUCCAACCAGUCCAACCAGUACUCUAGACUAGGUUUUAAACGUGGUCGUCUUGGAGCACGCUCGAAGUACGUGGAUGUCCUUAACCCUGAUGGCACUGCUAAGAGUGGCUCCCUACCUCCCCCCGGCCCACUGGGUGCCCCCUUAAUGUUAGGGGGGCAGUUCCCGGGAACCUUCUUCGUUCCACAGCAACCCACUGAAGACUCUACCAGUUCGGAUCAGCCGUCGUCCAGGGAGACACCACAGCAACCAAAUACAGAGCAGCCGCCCACCAGUCACCAUGACAACCAUCCAAUGCCGACAAGUCACCAUGGCAACCAGGCAAUGGAGCACAGAGAGGUCAUUCAACAGCCAACCUCCGAGGCACCGCACAACAGUCAUCAGUACACUACUACACAGACAGGGCCGACGCCAUCAACCCAACAUUAUGAAGAACAAGUAUACUCAAUAGGGGCGCAGCAGUUAGGUAGCGACCACCCCCCACAGCCACCGAUGGGGGCACAGCAACUGCAUAGUGACCACCCCCCACAGUUGGCAAUGGGGGCACAUAGUGAUAACCCCCCACAGCCACCAAUGGGGUCACAGCAGCUCCAUAGCGACCACCCCCCACAGCCACAAGAUAGAGCUCAACAGCAGUACUACCAGCAAGGCUUUCAGGACCAGCAGUACCAGCACCAGCAGCUACAACAACCUGUGAGAGCCCCUUCUUCCAACGAGCCACUCCCACAGCAGCAGCAGGGCACAGGUGACUCCACUCCACAAUUUUUCAAUCCGAGUGCUUUUGCUCCGGUCGGUGGGUUUCCAGUGGGACCGGCUGGGUCAAAGGUCGAACAGCAGGACGAUUCAAUGUCCACAGUGAGCAUGAUGAGUGAGACGUCUCAGGAGGUCAGCAGAUACAUGGGCAAACAGACUACCACUUCGUCUGCCGGCUACAACCGACUAAGACAAGGGAUCCGUGGUCCGAGGGGAUACCCCUCUGUCAAACAAGCCCCACCCACUUCCAGGCAGCCGCCAGGACAAGCCCCACCCCAAAUGGGUGGACAAUGGCAAUAGAUUGAUUUUAUUAGAGACAAUUAUUACUUCUAUUUCAUAUUUCACUGUUUUGUGGUAUAAUCAUUAUUGUGUUGGAAAUUAUUGUACUUCA